UAACAAAUUGAUUGCGUAUAUAUUUGGAAUGGAAUCCACGGGAAAGGCAUCAGGAGCAUCAUCAGGAAUUUCUCGAGUAAUUUGAAAUGAAACCAUUAACCGCAUGGUUCCGAAAGGAAGCACUCUCAACCAUGUCCUGUAUCGUGCCCUACUGUGACAGUGUAGAAGCGGAGAACCGCAUGCGAGAUAUUCCAUCGAGUCGAACGCUGGCCAAGCGAUGGCUACAGGCCAUUCAAAUGGGAUGUCAAUUGGCGAUCACAUCCCGGAACGGGUCACUGGCUAGGUCUGGGAAAGUUUGUGACAAGCAUUUCGAUGACACUGACCGAAGAUUCUCAAAUGAAGCUUACUCUGAACCGACGAUAUUCUACGACAGGGAAGGAAAUUUAACGAUCGUUGCUACAUGCCGAAUAUGUUUUCUAUUUUUUCUGGAAAAGGAUAUGAUUUUGUGCAGGGAUUUCAUCAAACAACUUACAAAUGAAGCAAUUGAUCGUAGCCUUCCGGAAACAAUCGGAAAAUUGUUUGGUUUGAGAAGCAAAACCAAUGCUUCAAUUUGCUUCCCUUGUGCUGCUAACAUUCAACUGAUACAAACGAUGCAACCUCUGUUUGAAAAUUUCAAGCUUUCUAAUGAAUCACUUAAGCAAAUCAUUAACCAUGAGAUCCAAGCCGAAAAUUCGACAGCGCGCCCGAAACGUAUGAAUGAUUUAGAGAAGGAUGGCCCGGCUGAAUUAGAACGAUCGGUGUUUGAGAUUGGCUCAGAGAAUCAACCGUUCAUAGUAUUGAAUCAGAAGUGCUACCUCUGCAAAGUAUGUUUUUCGUCGAAAUUGGAACUUCACAAUCAUUUAAUUCAACAUCAUCCAAAAAGUGCUGAAUUUCGCUGCAAUGUCUGUCAGAAAAUGAUGUACGAUGUUGAAAUUUUUAACCGCCAUUUGAGCAGCCACAGUGAAGAGGAAUUGUUUCGAAAUGGCAUCGAUUGUUUUAGUAUAACCAAUCACCGAGUCAUAUUAGAAAAACGGAAAAGUAUAAUUUAUUCUCCCAAUUCUUUGCUGGAAUGUAGGAAUUGUGAUAUGACUUUCCGGAUGGUUGGUGAAUUAGGAAAACAUUCGUUAGAAGUUCACGGCGAUGAUAAACCGUACGCUUGUCCUCAUUGUGAACUUUCUUACGCAAAUAAUGGAGCGCUAAGACGGCACAUCAGCGAAAUACACGAGAAUCAACCGCGCAUGAACAAAAUAACAAACCAAUUCAACUGCUUUCUCUGUAAAAUGAGAUUUCUGAAUCGAACGGAUUUAACAACCCAUAUUAGUGGUGCACAUGGCAAUGAAGAAUAUCCUUAUUUGGAAUGUCCAGAUUGUCCUAGAACAUUUAUAUGUAGACAAUCACUAGUACAACAUCGUAACAUACAUACUGAUAAAUAUGUGUGCAAAAAAUGUGGCAAACAUUUUUCGAAUUUUAAAGCUUUACAAACUCAUCGUGAUGGCGUUCACUCUAGGUCGCCUAAUUUCCGAUGCGACAUUUGCAAACAGCUUUUUACCACAGGCACAGGGUUACAAAGUCAUCGAAAAAAGCACUUUCGAAAAUCAUCAAACGAGUGUGAAAUUUGUCGGAUGAUUUUCAUAAACAAGUACUCAUUAAACUGCCAUCGUCAGACCCAUUUAGACAAGCACGAUCUAACUUUUGUUUGCAGCGAAUGCAAUGAAACGUUUAUAACGAACGAUGACUUACGACACCACCGCCAAAGCUCACACCCGAGGCAACGCUUAUGCGAGAUCUGUAAUCGCAGUUUUCCAAACAUGUCGGCUUUGCGUCAGCACAAGAUACUUCAUAUAACGACGGCGGAUUUCGAAUGCCACGUAUGCCACAAAUCGUUCAAGACUGACCGUUAUUUGUCGAAUCAUUUGAAAGCGGUACAUCCGACAAGAAUGAAACGUUCUUGACCUGUUCUAAACUUUAAUGAAUUUGUUCCGAGGAUGUUCGCCGAUGGUUUAAUAAACAUUUUGGAUGCUUUCCAUCCUAAUAAUUUGUUUGGCUACAAACUACAGUUUUCAUGAUAACUUUUGAAUCGCCUUAAAACUGUUAUUGAUAUAAUAAAAGAUAGA